GCCCUUGUCCUAAAUAUUAUAAUGUGGAAAGCGAUUGAUAAGUAAUUGAAUAUUGAGGAUAAAGACGCCAUUUUAUCACGCUUUGAAUUCUUCGUCUGGUGGAAUUUAAUUUUUUUUUGGUUUUCUGACCUAAGUCAGCAGCCUCUUUUGACGAAUCUAUGUAUAAAAAUAUAGAUAGAGACUUGUAUAUAUAGAUAUGGAGAGGCGAAAUUGAUUGAGCGUAAAUUACAAGAUUGGGAGGAGAAGAAAAGAGGAGGAAAAGAUGGAGAGGGAUGGAUUUGAAAAGAAUUUGGGGGAGAAGGAAUUGAGAAAAUCUGUUGAUGAAGUUUCAAAUCUUGCUCUUGACAUUGGAGGCUCUCUCAUUAAGAUGGUGUAUUUCUCAAGAAACAGUGAUAGCUCUGUUGAUUGCUCUUCCAAUGGAACCUUGAACAAUAGUAUCCUAAGUGGGAGGCUUCACUUUGAAAAGUUUGAAACAAGAAUGAUCGACGAUUGGAUAAAAUUUUUAUCUACCAAGCAGUUUCGAUUCUGUGGUAGUCAGUGCAAUCAGGCUUCUGCCAAUGAUACAAAUAUUAUUAAGGCCACAGGUGGUGGGGCAUUUAAAUUUGCAGAUUUGCUUAAGGAAAAGCUAGGAAUUAUUCUCGACAAGGAAGACGAGAUGGAUUGUCUUGUUACUGGAGCAAAUUUUCUGCUCAAGGCGGUGCAUGAUGAAGCUUUCACAUAUAUGAAUGGUGAAAAGGAGUAUGUUCAGAUUGACCAGAAAGAUUUGUAUCCUUAUCUCCUUGUCAAUAUUGGAUCUGGGGUCAGCAUGAUCAAGGUAGAUAGUGAUAGCAAGUUUGAGCGAGUCAGUGGAACAAGUGUGGGUGGCGGUACAUUUUUGGGCUUGGGAAAACUUUUGACGAAGUGUAGAAGUUUUGAUGACUUGUUAGAGUUGAGUCACCAGGGAAACAAUCGUGAGAUAGACAUGCUAGUGGGGGACAUAUAUGGUGGAAUGGACUAUUCGAAGAUUGGCCUAGCAUCGACAGCUAUUGCUUCUAGUUUUGGCAAGGCAAUAUCCAAAGAACAAGAGCUUGAAGAUUAUAGACCUGAAGACAUAGCCAGGUCCCUGUUAAGAAUGAUUUCAAAUAACAUUGGACAGAUAGCAUACUUGAAUGCGCUACGCUUUGGACUCAAGCGGAUAUUUUUUGGAGGAUUUUUCAUUCGUGGCCAUGCUUACACAAUGGACACGAUUUCUGUUGCAGUUAAUUUCUGGUCAAAAGGUGAAGCUAAAGCUAUGUUUUUGCGGCACGAAGGAUUUCUUGGGGCUUUGGGAGCAUUUAUGAGCUAUGAAAAGAAUGAUCCUGCAGACGAGGCUUCCCAUCAAAUAGUCAAACAAUUCCCUAAUGGUUCGUACUGCAUUGAAGAUGGAUUUCAAAGCUCAGAUUCUACAAAUGCAAGUGAUGAUGGUUGUAUAACAUGUCGACUGCAAGUUACCAAAUGAAAGUUUCUUUUACUAAACUGGGCUCCAGGUAAGUAUAGUAGACAAGGCAAUUCCUGGUUUCUUCAUUAAGUUAAGACGUGCCCAAACAUUUAUGUAUAUAGAAAGGAUUUUUCAAGGAUUGAAGAUUAAAAGAAUUAGAAGAAGUAAAGUAUCUUCUUUUUGUGUUUAGACUAGUUGCAAUGUCUACUUCAAGUUACUGUAUGUUGAAAAACUUUGUCAAUGCAAUAAUGAUAAUAAAAAUUGUUUACCAUAUAAA